AGUGGCCAAGGAAAGGGAAACUGUAAACUAUGCUAAUAGGCAAAUAACCAAUUGUGAAAACAGAAAGAACCAAAACAAAGUUGGUUUAAACAGGAAGGAUGUAGUUAACAAUUGGUCAGAUUGCGGCGGUUUAUAUUAUGUGUGAGUUCCACUUCAUUUUCAUUGAAAUAUAAUAUACGUUAAUUGCAAUACAAUUAAGAUUGUCAGACUUUUUUAUCAAAGUAAGCUGGACUAACUUGUUUCACUUGUCUUAGAAAUUAAAAGAGAAUACAGAUUUCUCUUAUAAAAUCUCAAUAUCACAAGAACCUCUUAAAUAAGAAUGAAGAAGUCUUGGGUAAAAUAUGCUUCAAUGUGUCUCAACAUCCUUCUACUGAGCUGUAUUUUGCUUGUCCUGUAUGUUGAACCACCUGAACCAACCCCCGUUGAAAUCAGACCACGGAAACCACCGGAGAUCAUGUCGAAUAUAAAUAGUAAGGGUCUUCUGGUAAACACCUCCCAAUGUAAAAUGCCUGCCAUGGAUCCCCUGUCGCCCACCGCACAGUACUUUAUGAAGGCCUUGCCGUCUUAUUCGUGCUACUUGACCCAACUAUUAAAGCCCAGAACAAUCAGAGGUAGAAACUUCCUGUACCUGGCCCUUAGCAAAAAUAAGCUUUGGAAGUAUUACGGAAUUCGAAGAGUAAGCGAAAUCUUUUGCGUUUACACCGUCUUGGAGAGGAUCGAUGACUUUAAUAAUCGAUACGUGGCACAAACCGUUUUUGGUUUUACCAGGUUGCGCAAAUAUCAGGAGAUCGAGCCAAGUAAUGCAACACUGCGGGUCUGGUGCUGGCGAGACCGUGGUCGUCUACUCUUCCUUGAUGUAUUUAUAUUCCUGCCAGAACCAAUACCUCCAAGGAAAGGAGAAAAGGUGAGACUGGAACACUUGAAGCGUCUCUCUGUCUUGAUUCUGGGCAUCGAUUCCAUUUCCCACAUGCACUACCGAAGAUAUUUUAGUAAAACAAUGAACUUUGUGGACAAGUUUCCACACACGGAGAUGUGGGGCUAUAACCGUGUUGGUGAAAAUUCUUACCCGAAUGUUCUGCCACUGCUUAGCGGUCAAAAUGAUACUAUACUGAAUGGUCCUACCGGAUGCUAUGGUGCAAGCAACCCUAAAUGCUUCGACCGGUGUUACCUUCUUUUUGACUUCUUUAAGGCAGCCGGAUAUGUCACUAUGUUCGGCGAGGACUCAGCCUUAGCUGGCACCUUUGUAUAUAACCUAAGUGGCUUUCAACGCCAGCCAACUGACUUUUACCUGCGCCCCGCCAUGUACGAGAUCGACCAAGAAACUAACUACCCUGCUCAGGGUGCCAGCUACAUUUCGUGCACGGCUGGUCGAUCAUAUUCCCAAGUUCUGGACGACUUCAAGCACCGCCUUCUGCCGCAUAUGGAGGCACGGAGUCAAGACACUGGAUUCUUUGGCUUCUUCUGGCAAUCGCACGGCGUCCACGACUAUUUUUGGUAUGCCCAAGUCGCAGAUGUGGCUUACGAAGCCUACCUAAAAGAACUGCAAAGACACCAACUUUUUAGGAACACUUUUGUACUGCUCAUGUCCGAUCAUGGGCUGCGAUUUGGUCCGUUCACUGAUACGUUUCAGGGCAUGAGGGAAAUAUCGCUGCCGACGGUGAUCGCCAUUUAUCCGAGGUGGAUGGUCAGGCGAUUUCCACUGGCGAUUAAAAAUCUAAAGACCAACGCCCACCGACUGAUGACCACGCACGACUUGCACGAGACACUGAAGGACUUGGCAAAUUUGGAGAACCUAAAUGACGAGCACAUUCGCAGCCGGACUUGGCAACUAAGAAAUGAUCGUAAUGUUUCCCUAUUUCUACCAAUUCCAGAAGAGCGUAGCUGCAGCUCUGCCGAAAUUCCGGAGCACUACUGUCAGUGCUAUAACUACGUGAAGAUUCCAUUCAAUUUGGAUAUUGUUCAGCGUGCUGCAAGAUUUGUCGUGGACAGCAUCAACGAGCUGCUGGUUGCCUAUCCCAAGUGCCAGCGAUUGCAACUGAGCCAUGUUGAGGAUGCCUACAAGCGGGACCCCAAGCAGACUGUCACAGUAAGGCUGGUGACCGAACCAGGAGGAGGUCAUUACGAUGCCACGGUUCAUCAUGAUCAUAACAUCAGUACACUUCAGGGCAGAAUCACACGAACGGAUCAAUACAAGGAACAGUCCUUGUGCAUCGAGAAAUCAAUAAUCCAGCAAUAUUGCUACUGUUUGUAGACCAAACUUUCGUAAGAUGCAUUAUUAUUAAUUAUAUUAUAUGAGGAAGAAUAUGAGAACUUGUCAAUUAGGGCAAUAAAUUACUGCAAGUCCUGAGAACCUGCUG